AUGACUAUCUUCACGAGAGAUCUUAGCCAUCAGAUCGUAAUAUGUGUUAUAUUGCCGCUCUUAUUUUUCCAACUCUUGCCUUACGUAGCCUGCCAGCAAUCUUCCGAAUCCACAGACCCCGAUAGUACAACCAAGGUCACGGCACAAUCGGUAAUCGGAAUUAUUUUACUUUCUAUGUUUCUCUUAAGUAUAGUCGGAUGCUGCUUGUUCUAUGCAUUUCACGAUUCAGAGAUUGAGGCGAGAAGCCAUGUAGUGUUGCACACUAGACCAAGCCGUGGACUCGAGAAAAAUGUGAUAGAGUCAUUUCCGUUUUUCCUUUACUCGGAGGUUAAAGGGCUAAAGAUAGGCAAAGGCGGAGUGGAAUGUGCAAUUUGUCUAAACGAGUUUGAGGAUAAAGAGACGCUACGUUGGAUGCCUCCUUGUAGCCACACUUUCCAUGCUGAUUGCAUCGACGUGUGGCUCUCUUCUCGGUCCACAUGUCCGGUCUGCCGUGCGACUCUGUCUCUAAAACCCGGCGAGAGCUUUCCAUAUCCGAGCAUGGAUGUUGAAACGGGGAAUGCACAGAGAGGCCUUAUCGAAUCCCACGAUGACAUAAGCUUGGUAAUUGAUAAUGUGACAUGGAACAACAAUGCGGACUAUAGAACACCUCGGUCAAGAUCUACAGGGUUAUUGUCGAGCUGGCGUAUGGGUGAGAUAUUCGUGCCUAGAUCUCAUUCGACAGGACAUUCAUUGGUUAAAGUAUGUGAGAAUCUAGAAAGAUUCACGCUGCAGUUACCAGAAGAGGUGCGAAGAGAAAUCGUUAGCUUGAACCUAAUAAGGAGAAGCCACAUUGCCUUGCCUCAAGCCAGGAGUUCGAGACAGGGCUACAGGAGCGGCAGCGUUGGGAGCGAGAGAAGUGGUUUCUCUCAGGGACGACAAACGCUUCGGCGAGCCAUAUCUAUGUCUUUCUCUUUACAAGCUUCUUCUGUUCGGUCCACACGUGGCAAAGACGUCCGAGACACUUCCCAAGAUUCUGGUGAAAGGUCAUUUCAACGCCUAAUGCCAUAA